AUGGGUGUCAGUCUCCAGCUACCAUCAGGCGUGGACCUCUGCCAAGUCCCGGCAGCCAUGCCUCCUCCCGGCGUUGUGCCCAACUUUGUCAAUCCGGCAUCACUGGCGACGGCCAUCAUCGCGGUCUCGGUCGUCAUGUUGACAAUCUCGACAAUCUUCUUGGCUGCGCGGGUGGUGACCAACUUCCCCAAGUAUAACAAAGCAGACUACUUUGCCUUUGUAGGCUUCGUGCUUAACGCAGCUUACACAGGAGUUUUACUGUCAGAACACAAAAGGCGCAUGAAGGGGCCUCGACGAGCCAUACGCUCACAAGCCAAAUCAGUCACCGAGUACUCCCGGCAUCAGUGGAACGUCCCUGCAUGCUGGUACACUGCAUCGUACAUGAAGAUCCUCUUCGUCCAGGGGCUCCUGCUCGGCCCCGUCAUCUUCUUCUUGAAGACCGCCAUCUGGCUGCUGUAUCUGCAAAUCUUCUCGGCGCACAGAACCAUCCGCAUCAUCGUCUACGUUGGAAUCGUCGUCACAGCCCUCACCUACUGGGUCAGCGUGCCUCUCGAGUUCGCCUAUGGGUGUCCGAGACCCGGGUCGACCUGGACAGAUCUCUUGACGAACGGCAUGCCUGGCCAUAUCAUCUACUACCCACCCGUUCAGGGGUCGUUGGCCGUCAUCAUCGACAUCUGGAUCUUUGUGCUGCCGCUCCCGAUCUUGUGGAAGCUCAACAUGUCUCGCAGAAGGCGGAUCGCAUUGUGCGCCGUCUUCUUCACCGCCUUGCUGGGAGUUAUCUCCAGUGUCGUUGCACUGAGAGCUCGUGUCAAGCUGUUUGGCUCAUCAGAUCUCACCUGGCUGGAGAGUCAACUCUUCAUCUGCAUCAUCGUCGAAAACAACAUUGCCCUCAUUGUAUGCUGCGUUCCCGCUUUCAAGAACGCGUGCAAGAAGUAUAUCGCGCCAUCUCGUCCCUGGAAGGUGCUCAUGUCUACAAUCCACCGUAGACACGACAGCAAGGACAGCGACAAGGACGGCCACGGAGACGAGGAGAAAGGCGGUGGCAUUCCUAACGAUCGAAGAGAGGAUAAGCGCGUCGGCGACCAUCAAAUCACCCAGGGCUACGUCUUGAACAGAGACAGCUCCAAGGAGUCUUAUGAGCACAGAGACUCUAUGGAGAAGAAUAGCAAGGGCUUUGUGUCCUACGGGCGAGGUGCCGGCAGCUCUGGUUCAAGCGACUAUCCAUCGCGAGUGGUACAGGUUCAAGGCGGCCCCGAUCAUGAACAGGGGGGGACCAACCAUGCCAACAACGGCCCAGAAGGGAUCAUGAGGGAUAUUGAGAUUAGGCAGGAAGUUCGUCCUGAGGAUGUGGUCUGA